AUGUCGAAACCAGAGUUUACCCUGAGAAUCUCAAUAUAUCCUUCAAUUGAACCUAAGCAAUUCGAACAGUCCUUGUCUGGUAAAGUUGCGCUAGUUACAGGCUCAGGUAGAGGUAUUGGGAAACAUAUCGCAUAUGCUCUUGCAAAAUCGGGGGCAUCUGUCGCAAUAACUGGAAGGACUGAAAAUCAGGUAGACGAGACUACUCAAGAACUUUCGAAAUCUUUCCCAAAUGUGAAAGUAAUCGGAGUUGUCGGAGAUGUCUGUAAGCGAUCCGAUUUGGAACGUUUGGUUCAAGAGGUUACUAGCAAACUUGGCCCCAUCGAUAUUCUUAUCAACAAUGCUGGCACAAAUACUUUUAUGCCCUUCCAUAUUACAGACGCAGACGAAUGGUGGAAGCAAAUGGAAAUCAACAUUAAAGCGCCAACAGAAUUAACAAGACUCAUUCUUCCUUCGAUGCAGAAACGGAAUUCCGGUACGAUAAUUUUCACGAGUUCUCGAGCAGCAGGUGCGGACUUGCCUUGGGCUUCAGGGUAUUCGUGUGCAAAGACAGCCAUUACAAGAUUUGGAGGUGUUUUACAAACAGAAUUGAAUAUACUUCAGAAGGAUACGUUUGGCUUCGAGGAAAACGGUAUCUCAGUAUUCUCGAUUCAUCCUGGUGAGAUCAAAACCGGGUUGCAUCAGACCGCUUAUCCGGAGAAGACAAAGGUUGAGGCACCAUAUGUCAUUGAAAUGAUGGCCAGAUUACAUAAAUCACACCCAGAGUUCAGUAUCGAUUUGCCAGCUUGGACGUGUGUUUAUUUGGCUGCUGGAAAAGGGUCAGCUUUAAGAGGUCGAUUGGUAGAUUGCACCAGGGAUUUGGAAGAAGUAACAAAUUUUGUGACGUCUUCGCCUAAGCUGAAGAUCACAAAUGCUUGCAGCUGA